AUGUCGAAACGUCGUUUGUCUUCUCACGGCGCCGAUACUGGCGAUACAUCGAAUACAGUGGUCAAAAGACAGCAAACGCAAGAUCUAAGAGAUGGUCAACUGUCGGAUGGAGAAUUCAUUGCGCUAGAGAGAUUGGCGGAUAGUGCAGACAACAUCAUAUCCGCUUUUCAGAAACUGAAAAGGUGCCGCAACAGCGUCAACGAAAGGCGUAGUCAAGAUGCAGAAAUGUUGGCAGCGAGAAGGGAUCUUGCAGAGCUGAGCGACAGCAUUACACCACAGCUGCAGCUACUCUCUAGAACACUGAAUUCAGGUUCAGAUGCCGUAAAGAACUCUAUAUUGUUGGAGUCAAAUUUACGCAUUCCUUCUAUGGAUUAUGCGACACCCUGGCGCUCGUCCGAAAUGUCACGAGAGCUACCACCGCUACCAGCAGUCAAGGACAAAGGGCUCGAGAAGCUAGCUUUUACACAUCCCGGCUCGGUUCCUGGAAGUAGGCCGGAUCAGCAAUAUGAGAGGCUGGAAUGGCUAGGAGACGCAUACCUGGAACUUUUCGCCACUGCUCUCAUCGACAAAACAUUUUUGCAGCUACCUUCUGGUCGUUGCUCUCAGAUUCGAGAGAGGCUCAUUCGAAAUACCACACUGGCAUCAUAUUUCCGAGAAUACGGCUUGGAGGCACGAGCCAGACUACCAAGCGACGUUAUCAAUCAGAAGAAGCCAAGCAGGGGCAGCUCUAGUGACAAAGACUUGCUGAAGACGCAGAGCGACAUGUUUGAGGCAUAUGUCGCGGCGGUGAUUCUCUCAGAUCCCGCAAAUGGCAUUGAGACGACAAUGAGCUGGUUAAAGGCACUCUGGGCCCGGUCUCUUAUUGAAGACGUACAAAAGGCGGAACGGAGCCAGACGCUGGUGGCGAGGACCGAAAACACACGACGCGAGCGAACGCCAAAAGAGGAACUGAGUUCAAGGAUUGUGAUCAAGGGAAUUAGGCUACGAUACGAGAGAAUGGAGUCCAAGAAAAGAGAUAAGCAUUUGGGACAGGAGCUGUUUACUGUCGGUGUCUACCUGGAUGGCUGGGGCGAGUCGGGCAAGCUUUUGGGUGUAGGAUCUGCUCUGAGCAUCAAGGAGGCUGGUCAAAAAGCCGCGGCGGGAGUCAUGGAAAACAAGAAGCUGAUGAAGGUGUAUGAGAGCCAUAAGAAAGCAUUUUUUGAGGGAAAAGGCGAUGAGGUGUAA